ACAAUAAUAUCUAUUGCUGAUACUGUUAAGCAGUGUUAAAAGCUAAAUGGUACUGUGGAACUAAUCAUGCUUUAACAAAGUAAAACGAUAAAACUGUGGUUUUAAUAAUGUGAUAAUACGACACGAGUUAUUAUUAUUAUUAGUGAAUUGUUUGCAUGAAUUACGUUUUCAGUCCGCUUCAUCUACUCUGAUUAAAUGGUGAACACAUUGCUAGUGAUUGUGACUUGACAUUGACAUGUUGAAAUGUUAGACGGUAGUUAUUAAACCCUUGUGUUUUUCAAAAAUAAAGUUAGUAUAAGACAAAACAACGUUCAACUCCGAAAGGUUGGUUUCAAAUGCGUGUUUAAAAGUGUGAUAUGUGUAUGGUUUCGUAAUAAUAAAACGAAAAACUAUUUAGGUAUACAUGCACGAGACAGAUAUUUGCAAAGGGUUUUUAAAAGAAAAUGGGGCGUUACACUGGGAAAAAAUGUCGCCUAUUGACCAUGCUGUCUUUGACAGCUUCAUUUUUCUUCGUAGAAAUAGUUGUAGGAUACAUAACAAAUUCGAUGUCGUUAGUGGCAGAUAGUUUUCAUAUGCUUAGCGAUGUAAUAGCUUUAGUGGUUGCCUUUCUAUCAGUUAAGAUGUCACCAAAGAAGUGGUCGAAAAAUACGUUUGGAUGGGCGAGAGCAGAAGUGUUGGGUGCCCUGGUAAAUGCUGUGUUUUUAGUAGCCCUGUGUUUUUCUAUUACUGUUGAAGCGUUUAAAAGAUUUAUUGAAAUUCAAACAAUCCAUGAUCCCCAACUGAUGGUGAUUGUUGGUGGAAUUGGACUUCUAGUCAAUGUUAUAGGAUUAUUUCUGUUCCACGAACAUGGUAGUUCUCAUGGUCAUUCGCAUGGUAGACUGUCGAGAAGUCGGAACAGAUUGGCCCAUUUGGCUGUAACGGACGCAAAUGAAAAUGACGCAACUUACCCAAGUCCUCCACCUGAAGACUCGUCAAAAUCACCACAAGACACGUUACGCAGAGUCUCUGCUGGUUCAAUGAACAUGCGUGGUGUCUUUCUUCAUGUACUUUCGGAUGCUUUGGGUUCCGUAAUAGUCAUCGUUUCUGCCCUUCUUUUCUGGUUUACCGAGUGGGAAUACAAAUAUUACAUCGAUCCAGCACUUAGUCUGGUAUUGGUCAUGCUAAUCUUGCACUCAGUAUGGCCCUUGUUACGCGAAUCGGCAUUGAUUCUACUCCAGACCGUACCGACUCAUAUCCAGGUGGAUGCCAUUCAACAGAGACUAUUGGAACAGGUCGAUGGUGUUUUGGCUGUGCACGAAUUUCACGUGUGGCAAUUAGCUGGCGAUCGAAUCAUUGCUUCUGCCCAUAUCAGGUGUCGCAAUUUAUCUCAGUACAUGAUAAUCGCUGAAAAGGUGAAGGAGUUCUUUCACAAUGAGGGUAUCCAUUCUACGACAAUUCAACCGGAGUUCGUGGAUUAUCAAUUCCCGGCUGCUGAUGAACAGGAAAUAAGCUGCGUACUGGAUUGCCCCAAAGCCGAAAAUUACGAUUGUGUUCAAAACACCUGUUGUGGCGUGGCGAAACAGGGACGUGAUACUCCUUCUCCAAUUGACACUAUGUUCGUUUGUCGCCAAAGGAAUAGCACAGUAAAUUCAAAUAUUUGUCUGCAAGAUAUCGUUAAUGAUGUCGAGAGGGGGGCUCUUUUGGAAAACAACCGGUGUAACCACCAAAGCUGUGGUUGCGGCGGCAGUGCUGAGAUCGUUGCAAAACAAUGACCAACGGCAGAACGUCUCAAUCUUUUUGUCUAAUCCGUUUACUUUCGAAUUUUUAUUUAUAGAAUUACCAUUUUAUUUCUACUUUGACACCAACUUUUACAUAGUUUUUAUAGUCAAAUGAACGAAUCACCUCUAGUCCGUAUGUUAUUUUUUUUUUUUUGUUUAAGAUUGGACGGUAACUUAUUUAUACCUACUACUACUAUUAUUAAUUUUAAAAAAGUCAGUUUUUCCACCCAUUUUAAUAAGUCGUAUUAAUUGAUUGAGUUUUAUACUUUGAAAUCUCAUGUUAUAAUAAGGGAGGACGUAGCGACACCGAACAAAAAAAUCACUUUCGGGGAUAUCUUGUUUUUAUUUUAAUCUAUUCUUAUUAAUUUUUUUUUUAUUUUGGCAUUUUAACAAAAGUUUCGUACUUUUAGGUCGCUGAUUGUAAAAAGGUAAUGUAAGAACUGUUUACUUUAAUUUUUUUGACAUAAAUACGUGAAUUUUUUUGUGUUUAUAAAAAAGAUAUAAAAUAAA